AGGCAAAUAGAGGACAAUCGUGUGCUAAACGAGUCAAUCCAGUCGCUGAACAAAGCCUUCACCACAAUCGCCAGGACGUCGACAUCCGAAGCGAACAAAUCGUUCGCCAACAGGAGGUUACAAGAACUCAAGGAUAAGAUCCAUAAAAUCAAUGAAUGUUUGGAUAAGUCGUUGGCGUAUAAGUUGAUGAUUACGGGCACCACCACUACAACCACUACCCGUCCUAUUGAACAGACAUCGAGCGCUAAACAGCCGGACGGGGAGGCGUCGACCGAUGCCAACGAGACUACCGGCGCCGCAGCAGAAGUGGAGGCACCGAAGCCCCCGAAAAUGAUACGCCUCUACCAGCCGUCCCCUCGACUCCGGGGUCAGUGGGUGUGCUGUCUGUGCGACGAGCUAUUGCCCCACUGGAAGGCCAUACAGAGCCACCACAAGCCGUACCGGUGCGAGGGUUAUGAGUGUGCGAUGGCGGCCAUGGAGGUGCCCGACAACGCCAUAUUAGUGGCCGAGCGGCUCGAUUGGUGGGAACCGUAAGCACCGGGUGGUCACGGGGACAGGCGUUUACAACUCGUACAUUGAUUUGGUUUAUUAAGUGAAUUGGUUUUGG